UAGAAAAAUAAAAUAAAAUGCACCCAAAAUCAUAAACUUUAAAAAAUGGUAUUUAAGUUAUAUUUUUUUAUACUUACUUGUGCAUUAAUUGGAUCAAGUAUAGAUUUUAUCCAGGCAUCAUAUGAAGGAAAUCUCAUUGAUGGAGAUAUAAUGCUAUUACCAGAUGAGGAUCCAUGGGAUCGAAAAUUGUCCAUUUUUAAGGAGAAACGUUGGCCAAAUGCUGUAGUACCGUACGAUUUUAAUCAAAGUGUUUACUCGCUGCUGGAUUUGUACAUUAUUAGACAAGGCCUGGAUGAAAUUGAGAAAUCAUCUUGUCUUAAAUUUGUGCGAAGAACAAACGAGCAGGAUUAUAUAUACUUGACGCCCUUAGGAGGCUGCUGGUCGUACAUCGGUCGUAAUGGGAUGCAGCAAACGUUGUCAUUGGUUGUCCCUGACUGUAUUGUCAAAGGAACAGUGAUCCACGAAUUCAUGCAUGCCUUGGGAUUCUGGCACGAGCAUUCCAGGAUCGACCGGGACGAUUACAUAGAUGUGCUGUGGCAGAAUGUGAUGAACGAUGAUAAGAAAAUGAAUUUUGCCAAGCAUAUCCCUGGUGAAAUGAAUUUCUUGAAUUAUCCUUAUGAUUAUCGUUCUAUAAUGCAUUAUAAUGCAUAUGCAUUCUCCAAACUUCCUGGAUUACCAACUAUGAAACCAAAGAAGUCUAAUGUAAAACUCAAGGAUUUGGGCCGAGCGAAAUACGUCGGAACCUUAACUGACAUAGACAAGCUCAAGCUCAACGAGUUCUAUGAUUGUUCGAAAAAUUAAACGAAAAAAAUGUAAUCCGACUCUAUUUUUCAACUGUAAUUUUCAAUUUCAUUUUUCAUCGUACCUGAG